AUGGAGGAGGAGGAACCUCCGAAGCCGGUCGUAGUCACCACCUCCGCGAAGCCGCCCAAGAACAAGGAGGUUCGUGGUCCCUCCACUGCUGCUCCAGCUCCACCACCGGUGCUUAAAUCUGCUUUAAAGCGUCCGGCAACGGCGAGUAAAGGAACAUCGACUCCUCCGGUGAAACCUGCUGUUUCCGCCGCGGCCGAUUCAGAAGUCGCCACCUCCGCCAAGCCCAAGAAGAACAAGGAGGUUCGUGGUUCUUCUGCUGCUGCUGCUUCAACUCCACCACCUGCGCUUAAAUCUGCGUUAAAGCGUCCAGCAACGGCGAGUGUGGAAGACUGUGGAACGGCUAUAAAACGGGCCAAGACUGUGGAAGAAUCAGACUCGAAAAGGGCGUAUUUUCAGAGAGUGUGGACUGAGGAAGAUGAGAUCAAGAUGCUCCAAGGUAUCAUUGAUACCAAUGCUGCUACAAGGAAGAAUCCUUUGGACAAGGACAACAUUAACGGGUAUUUCGAUUCCGUUAAGAAAUCUUUCAGCUUUGAACCUACUAAAGACCAAUUCACCAAAAAAGUUGGAGGAUUGAAGAAGAAGUAUCUGAAUAAAAAAGGGCCAUGUACUAAAGAUCAUGAUAAGGAAUAUAUGGGAUUGGCAAAGUUUAUUUGGGGACCUGGUGCUUUUGCUUUUGAACCAGCAGUUGAGCCAAAUACCGAAGAAAAAUCUGAUUGGUUUGAAAGCUCGUAUGUUGUUAAGUCUAUCGUGAGUCAUGCUCUUGAUGAAGACUAUGUGAAACAGAAAUGGAGAUCGGCGCCGGUGGAGGAUAAGAAAAGACUUGAGGAGAUGUACAAGCUCUUACGCGCGAAAGAGGUAGAGUUUGUGAUGUUCAAGACUAAGUUUUUGAAUGAGUUGGUUCCUAUGAUUUUCAAAUCUGCUUAA